ACCCUUCCUCCCUUUUGGUCCACCCUUGCUGCUGACUGAUCGAUUUGCUCAUCUACCAUCACAGGACUCGAAGUGAAAGACGUCAACGCUCCCUUCUACUGAUGACAAUGGCUUCUGACUUGGCUGCAGCCAUGGCGACGGUCGGUUGGAAUGGCCCGGCACGUUGAACAAGUAGGGGCUUGCUGCGCACGUGGAGAUGGAACUAGUGGAGGCUUCUAUGCUUGGCACCGAGACACUGCCUCAUCCCCUUUCACACCACCUCCUUCCACGACAACAAGACAAUCAUGGGACUCCUCGAUAAGCUCGCUGCAAAGGCGCAAGGCAGCGGACGGCCACAGAGCGGUCAGUAUGGAGGCCAGUAUGGAGGCAGCGGUGGCAGCGGUGGCUACGGUGGCAGCGGCGGGUAUGCUGGUGGCUUUCCCCAACCCGGUGGGGGCGGAUACGGCCAGCCAUCGCCACAGCCCCAGUAUGGCGGUACCUCGCCGACCCCUUCUUCGGGAGCAGCAGGCGACAGCAAGGGCGACGACAGGCCGCUUCCGGAGGGCUGGGUCAAGCAGUGGGACAGCAACUACAACCGGUAUUUCUACGUCGACACGCGGGCCAAUCCGCCUCGGUCGAUCUGGGUCCACCCACACGACGAAGAGGGCGGCAACAGCAAGCAGGGAGGACCAUCUGGCAGCUUUGCUCCACCCUCUGGUCCUCCUCCGCCUCAGCAGCAGCAAGGCUACGGCGGCCAGAUGCCCUACCAGCAACAGCCCUACAUGCAGCAGCAGCAGCAGCCAUACAUGCAGCAGCAACCGUACAUGCAGCAGCAGCCUUACAUGCAGCAGCAGCCAAUGAUGGCCCAGAGCGGCGGCCGCUUCGGUGGUCUGGGAGGCGGCGGUCUCGGCGGUGGGCGCCUGGGCGGUGGAAGGAUGGGUGGCAUGGGUGGCAUGGGCAUGGGCGGCAUGGCCCUGGGCGCGGGUGCCGGUCUCCUCGGCGGCGCCCUCAUCGCCAACGAGUUUGACGACAUGCAGGAUGACGCCUACAGAGAUGGCUACGACGAUGGUCAGAACAACGAUGGCGGCGGAGGCGACUUUGGCGGCGGUGAUGACGUAAGUUGAAUGCUUGCACGGUGCCUACGACUUUAAUAUGCCUAACCAUGCUUCUCUUUCCUCGUGCACAGAUGGGUGGCGGCGACUUCUAGAGCCUGUCUCUUUGUUCCAAGCUUCCCUUGUCCAUCCGUUUCUCUUUUCUCUCUGAGCCCUUAAGGUGGUGACCGGACGCCUUCGUUCUCAUGCAAGCAAAUUUAGACCUUUACGUUUGGACGUGUCCAUUGAGCAUGAGUCAGGCUCCUCUCCUCUCCGCGCUCCAUCUCCAUGUCCUCCAGCCUUCCUCUCUGCGCUGCGAUACAUUCACGCACCAUCCCGCCAAGUUCAGAUUUCUUUUGGUGCAAUGCAAUGUGUACCUCAUCGUCCGACUAAUGCCGUCAUUUAGCACCACAUCUCGGUCUUAGUCUUGAUUGCAAGGGCGAACCCGUUCGGCGAAUGAAAGCAAGCGAC